GGCGAUGGCAAGCAAUACGCACAUCCACACGUUGUCAUUGGUGAACUCCAAUCUACACAAGGCGGAGGGCAGCGUUUUAGCAGCCUCUCUUGCUCAGAACAACAGUGUUGUUCAUGUGAACGUGGAGAACAAUUGUUUGGACUCGGCCUCGGUGAAGGAUUUUGCCACCUGUUUGCUGGAGAAUCCCACCAGUAAACUCGAAAGUUUGCGGUUUUCACAGCAGAAGGGCACUGGCAAUUUCUUCGGUCGGCCAGUGGAAGAGGCAUUUGGCCAGCUGUUGGACAAGAACGAAACUCUUCUAAGGCUCGGCUUCAGCUGCGAUGAUGCGCACUGGCGCAAUCACAUCAACCGCGCGCUGUUGCGGAACAACGACUUCGCGAGGCGAAGGAGAAAAAAACAAGCGGGGGGAGAAGAGGAGGAAGUCAUCGCCGAAGAGAAGACCUUGCGGCGGGUGAUGCUCACCACUCCGCCCAGCAACGACCAGGCGCUGGCGCAGGACGGGCCUCAACGAGCGGUUCAAGGCUUCGUGGUGGCGCAUCGCAAGUUUCCCACCCCGUC